AUGCCUCAUAUCGAUCUUGACGAUGAUGUUGUCGAUUUAACGCUAGAUGAGUUCCAGAAAGAAAAUAAGUUUAUCGACCUAACGCUAGAGAAUUUCGAGAACCCGGACAUCAAUUGGCUCACAGAUCACAAUGGCGACGUCGACGGUGUGUUGGAAGACGCCUUUGCUGCGAGGGAGCCUCAUGCGGCCACCACCACUACCAGUCAUGAUGCACUUAAAAUGUGGACCAAGUUUGGUGAGAUGGAGGAAGCGGAGGAGGAGGAGGAAGAGCUCAUGGAUCUCCCGCAGCAGGUCGACUUGUCCCCUAACUCUCCCACCCAGAGCCCUCCUGACUACGUCCCAAGCCCCGAACACCUCGUCGCAGACAAGUACCCGGAAAUGCCUGAGCUUCCAGCGUCGUGCGUCGUGGAAGCUGUAGAUCUUGAUUUAGAACUUGGUGAUGCAGGUGCAGGUGCUUCGGCUGAAAUAGUGGAACAAGAAGACGUUGCAUUGGAAGAGACGCUGGACGUCCCUGUCAGCGCGAAUAUGAGCGUUGAGUUCCCGGAGAGUCUGCUCCUGGUACCAAGGUCGUAUUACGAACCAUUCGAACCGGAUGUUCCAGUCCUUAAGGAACGUGAGGCUGUUGCUCGACUGCUCGAGGUGGCUGAAGAGGCCGGUCAGGGUAUUGACCAUGACGACUUCGUUGAGUUCCAACUUGACGAUUUUUCAGUCUACUCCGAUCGUCAAAAAUACGGCCAGGAGAUGUGCUCUCUCCACCACCUCCACACAAAACAUGGCUUCAAUACUGUCUUCUUUGACGGAAAACUGAGUGUUGGUAAUACUGCUUUCUACGUUCACCGUGUGGAAAUCAGCGCAUUGCCGAUCGAGAACUACGGUACAUUAUCAAAGCACACUGUCAAAGACAAAAUCUGGGUACGAUCAGUGUUUAACACUGAACGCGAGAUAUACUACCGGUUGAAUAGCCCUGCCAAGGAAUAUCGUCGUUUCUUUGACCCGUUCUUGUGGGUUGCAGAUCUCGCAAAGCAUUUCGUGGAUUACCUCAAGUUCAAGGGGGAGGAAGACGACCAAGUUACGAUCUUCCAUUUUAGAUCAAACUUCAGCAUUUGGCUGGCGAAAAGGCACCGCCAUGCACCAGAUUUCAUCUCGUGGAAGGGGCAGCACGUAAACGAUGAUUUCAGGACGGCGAUUGUGGCCAAUAUUGCAUUUUUACACAAGGAAGCGAUCGGUGUUCUUGGGCAUAGAAAAACAUACAAGCAUGUUAUCUGGGCCGAGGUUUGGGAGUUUACGCGAUACAAACCGUGCCCAAAGAUUGGGCCCAGCGAAGACACAGAUACUGUCGUUACCCAAUACAUUUACGACUGUUUCAGUCACCAGCCAUUCGGCGACCGUCUCAAGGCCAUUCCUCUGAGUGAGACUACUCAGUCUUUGCAAAAUGCACUGAUAAAGCAACGCCAUCUGGAAUUACCAGCGCCAGUUCAUGAUAGUGGUAAGACCAUAACAACGGCUGGAAUUAAGCAAAUUCGAGCGAUUCGAGCAGGUGACACAAUCUCGACCCAAAGAGAUGCCGAGGGAUCUGGCACACAAUGGCGACGUGACGUUGCGCAUGGGUUUGAUGACGUCGAUCGAUGGUUCGCCUUGGUACAGCGCGUGCGUGUCAACAAGCGUGGCCAGAGAACGUUCGACGUGAUUUGGUACUAUCGACCCGUAGACACCCUAUGCGGUCUGAUGAAGUACCCUUGGAACAACGAGUUGUUUUUGUCCGAUCAUUGCUCUUGUGAUACCAGAGCAAAGAUCUCCGAGGACGAAGUGUCAGGGGUUCACCAAGUCGAGUUUGGGGGGACUUCGGCGACUGAAGCCGAAUUCUUUUGUCGCCAAACAUAUAUAUGCCAAGAACGAAAUUGGGUUACCCUUGAGAAAGCCCAUUUUCGUUGCAUUCAUCUGCGCGAGAGCUCUCCUCAGGCGCUGGGGUUACAAACUGGCGAAACGCGACUCAUCAUGAUCAACAGGACUAGCGGUCGGUCCGAGCCUUGCGAGUUUCUUACCUUCUAUGAGGAGGAAGGCAACGGUAUAUACAGGUUUCGGAAGUUGCUAAGAAGAUACCAGGUUGAUCCGGCAUCCAAAGCUCGACCCAAUGAGUUGGUGUACAGCUAUAUCGAGCCGCUUGUCGAGGUAAAAAGAUCGCGCAUUCUCGAGCCGUGUUUCGUGCGUCAUUUUAAAGACGGGCAAGCAAUACCAACGCCAUAUGACCGUGGCGGUGUGGGAGGGUUUUUCUAUUUCACACACGAACAAGUUUCCGACAAUGAGACAGGAACGAAGUUAUAUGUUGCGCUAUCCGAACCUCCCUCGUCUAUACAGCAGGGCUACGACCCAUCGCAGUCUAUUCCACGGCUUCGAGGUCUGGACCUCUUUUGCGGUGGUGGUAACUUUGGUCGUGGGUUAGAAGAUGGAGGUGCUAUCGAGAUGCGAUGGGCGAACGAUUUUGACGCCAAGGCUAUUCAUACUUACAUGGCAAACACUACUGGGCCCUCUGAAGUAUCUCCAUUCCUUGGGUCUAUAGACGAUCUCCAACGUCUUGCUAUCGAGGGUGAGUUUUCAGACAAUGUCCCACCGAUUGGAGAUGUGGAUUUUAUCUCAGGCGGUAGCCCUUGUCCAGGCUUCUCUCGGCUGACCAACGAUAAAACAACUGCCGCUCAGCGGAAGAACCAGUCGUUGGUAGCAGCCUUUGCGUCGUGCGUUGACCUAUACCGUCCACGAUAUGGUCUCCUUGAGAACGUUCCGGGAAUCGUGCAAAAGACAGCCAAUCGAGAUCAAGACGUGUUCAGUCAACUUAUUUGUGCCAUUGUAGGCUUGGGUUAUCAAGCACACUUUUUCUUUCUCGAUGCUUCUGCCUGCGGUACCCCUCAGCGUCGUUCUCGUGUGUUCCUGGCUUUUGCUGCACCAGGCCACCGCUUACCUCACGCACCAUAUCAAACCCAUGGUCACCCGCAAGAUACCUCCAGGCUUAGUCUAGGUACUCUCCCUACUGGGGAACCUAUGGCUGAGCGCGCUAUGCCGGCUGCCACACCAUUUGACUUUGUGUCUGCGAGGGCUUCCACUGCCGACCUGCCCCCUAUUUAUGAUUCAAAGCCAGAUAUAUGCGUACCGUACCCCGACCAUCGGGUGUCUGUAGGCAUCACGCCUCUAAUGCGAGGUAGGAUUCACCUCAUCCCAACUCAGCCUUGGGGUAUGAACUUCGCACAGGCCUGGUAUGGUCGCAACCUGAAAAAGGCUGGUUCAGGUGUAAUGACGCCAAGCGAGCGCCUAGCAUUUCCUGAACGCACCGAUAAGGGGUUGGGACGAGGAAACCCGAGCUCGAACGCAUAUGGCCGACAACGACCCGACCAUCUCUUUGUCACAGUCGUCAAGACCCAAAGUCCGGACGAUGCGAAGAACGGCCGCACGUUACACUGGCAUGAGCCUCGCGUCUUGUCCAUCAUGGAGGCGCGACGAGCACAGGGGUUCAGGGACGAAGAAGUCCUGUUGGGUAUCCCAAGUGAUCAGUACAAAAUCGUUGGCAACAGCGUUGCUCGUGAGGUCGCGGUGAGCUUGGGUGCUGUGUUCUGCGAGGCAUGGAUUCAGAGCCUCGCAGACGAGCAUCACUCCUCCACUGCUGCAGUUCCUUCUGCGGUACCAGCUCGUAUAGGUAUCGAGGUUUCCCCUAUCACCAAUAUCAGGAGACUUGAGUCCGAGUCAGCCUCCAUCGAAAACACCCCACAAUCUUCAAAGUCCAGAAGUGAAUCUCGAGUCAAUCAAGUUUCGUCUACACCGAGCUCGACUCCUCCUGCUCCUCCUCAAACGUCUACUAAGCGUAGCCGCAUCGCUGUCGAGAUCCACGGAUCGAAAUUUCUCCGGACAGACGAGUACAACAGCCCUAGCAAGGCCACGUCUGUAGCAUCCAGCCGUUCCAAAUCAAAUAGGUUGCGGCACAGUAGCGCAGGUGAAUAG